AUGAUACCGUUAUCUAACGAAAUAAUUAAGAGUAUCCUCCCGACGCCUACGCUCUCCAACCACGCUUAUGGCCAGUAUAGCGAUAUCGAGAACGAUCUUCAAUUACUAUUGAACUGGCUAGAUCCAUGUUUUCCAAUUGAAUUGCCACGGCAAGAACAACCACAGCAAGGUAAUAAUGGUGGUGCGUUUGAAAUCCCAACGCCUAGAGUGAAACUGGCCAUUCGCAGCUGUCUUAAGGACGAACCGAGUCAGUUCGACUUCGUUAAGCUUUAUUGUAACUCUAUGACAUCAAAUUUCGCUUUGUACGCCCCGCAGAUGCUCCAAAACCUACCAGUGAUGGAGACGGUGAACAAUAUAUACACAAUUCAAGAAUACUACAGUCGAUAUCUCAGGUAUUUAAACUUAAACUCGCUAGCAUCCAGCCUAUUCUCGAGGCACUUGAAAUCUUUAUUUUACAAAUACUUGAUCCCUGAUGAAAAUAGCCCUGCGUUUCUACGCUCAUUGACUGAGUAUUUCAACGAGAACUUAUUUUCAAUGGAUAAGAAUACGGAGUUGUCAAAGUGCAUAUCCAUUCUUCAAGAGAGUGGGCUAGAAUUAGAAGUUUCAUCUUCCAUAGUCUCUAUAUCAAUCGAGAGAGUGAAAUCGUACAUACUAAGAACAUGUUCCAACAUUUGGGAUAAACCUGUGCUUCAGCAUAUUAACCAAUGGAUGCAGGUGGAAUUGUACAAGUAUUUCAGCAUCAUAAUAAAGCCCUUCUCUUCGACAACCGCAUUGUUACAUUUGGAUGAUUUGAUAAGAAUAGCCCAUAAUGAAUUGGUUCUGCUAAGAAUAAGUGAAAUAUUUGACAUUGUAUUGAAUUUCCCCACAUCGAAAGUUGCAUUGAAGGAAUUAUAUCAAUGUAUACUGUUUCUCAGUCCUAUAAGUGGCAGUGGGGUCAAUGGACCAAUUUCUAAUACCCCAAUCACUUCACAAACACAUCAAAGACAAAAGCUUGUUAACAAGUUCAUUGAAAAGUGCCACGCUAAGCUACUUCAUUCGGGUGCCGAUACCAUCGAUAUCAUAACCUGUUAUUCAAGUACAAUCAAAUCGUUCCUUAUAAUCGACCCUAAGGGGGUGCUUUUAGACAAAGUAGUCAGGCCAAUUCGCCGGUACUUAAAAACUAGAAGUGAUAUCAUUCCAAAGGUGGUAUACGGAUUAUUGAACGACGACAUCCUGUCUAACAAGUUGAUUGAGUUGGCUCAAGAAUUGAAGAAAAAGCCCACAUUCAUAAACAACAACAAUGCUGGAGAAGAUUUGGAUAUAAACUGGGUACCUGAUCCUAUCGAUGCCCUCCCAGACUUUAAAAAAGGCAAAGUCAGCGAUAUAAUUGAAUCAAUCAUUUCGAUUUUUGAUCUGAAAUCGGUAUUUGUGAAUGAGUUCACAAGACUAUUCGGCGAGGAGUUGCUCUCUUUAAGUAACUACUACUUUGAUGAAAUUGUGCAGAAGCUGGAACUCUUAAAGGUAAGGUUCGGUGAAAACGAAUUCACCACCUUGGAUAUAAUGCUUAGUGACAUAACAAAGAGCAAGACUAUAAAUGAAACUGUCUAUCAGACGAAAGUACCUCCAAAUUCUCACUUAGUUUACCACCCUAAGAUUCUUUCCCACAUGUAUUGGCCAAUGUUAGAUAAGGGGGUCAGUACGGAGGAAUUCAAUCUUCCGACUUCAAUCCAAGAACAAUUCACCCUGUAUAGUGAAUUGUACGCUGACAUUCCAUUUGGACAUGGUCGUUAUUUAAAAAUGGUUCCUAGUUUAGGGCUAGCAAAAUUAGAAUUAGAAAUCCAAAACGAAACAUUCUACUUUGAGGUAUGUCCAGGAGAAGCAGCAAUUAUUGACCUUUUCAAUGGAGACGGAAACGAUAUUCAGCUAACUUUGGAUGACAUAUGUUCAAAAACUGGAAUGACUGUGUACCUUGCAACUAAAUAUAUUCAGCCUUGGGUCAAAAGGAACGUUUUAUUGGAAAUCGAGACAAAUCUGUAUAAACCAAACACCUCCAACCAUGAGAUCAAAUCCAACUCCAAUUUCAGUGAAGACAGUAAGAAUAUGAUGUCGUCUGAACACCAUAAGUUUGCUAGAAUGGACAAGCUAUGGCCAUUGAUAUUAGGAAUGCUAACAAACUUGGGACCAUUGUCCAUUACAAAGAUACAGUCGUUCCUUAAUAUAACAAUACCUAAAGAUCAACUAGAAAGUAUAUCAUCGUCAAACUUGACGUUGAAAGAAUACUUGGAUUGGUGUGAAAAAGAAAAAAAAUUACAACUCCAGCAGGGUCUAUAUAGAUUAUGGAAAUAG